AAAAAGUCAGCGACGAUCGCUGCGCCUUUCUCUAUCCUCUCCUUUUUCACCUCAUCCCUGCUCUCUUGGUCAACGCCUCCGUGGCUGCUUAGGCGGAUCUCGGGCACAGAUCUGGGGUUUUUUUUGAAGGAAAUGGCCGCCGACAACGACUGGGAUCUGGGCGCGGUAGUGAGGAGCUGCCGGGCGGCGGCGGCGGCGGCGGCUAAGACGUUGGAGAGGAGAGACUUUGCUUCUUUUCCUCUCUCGGAGGCGCCACUUGAAGUGCCGGAGGAGGCCGAAGGAGCGAAAGGUGGCUCCUUUUUCGGAUUCUCGGAUCUGUUCAAGCGCAGCGAUAGCGGCCAGGAGCUGGAGGAACUCUGCAAGCCCUUUUUGAAUAACAGAGUCUGCCAACGGCAACGGCCUGGAACUGGGACGGUGACCGAUUCCCAUUACUCUGCCUCUGCCGCUUCUGUUUUCGCGGCCGCUGUGGCUGGGCCGCAUCAGCCACACCUGCCGGCGAGGCAACCUCACCGGUCUCUCGUCCAGAUGCCUCGAGCCAAGCGCAGGAGAAACCAGCAUAAGAAGGUGGUGUGCCACGUCUCUGCCGCCAGGCUCUCCGACGACGAUGUGUGGGCGUGGCGCAAGUACGGACAGAAACCGAUCAAGGGUUCUCCUUAUCCUCGGGGAUACUAUCGGUGUAGCAGCUCAAAGGGGUGCUUAGCCCGGAAGCAGGUUGAGCGCAGCCGGGCGGACCCUGCCAUGUUCAUCAUCACUUACACCGCAGAGCACAACCACCCUGUCCCUACUCAUCGCAACUCCCUCGCCGGAAGCACCCGCCACAAGUUCCCUUCCCAUACCCCCGUCGCUACCGCCGCAACAGGAGACGCCUCCAGCGUCACCGGAUUCCCUCCUCACUCCCAGAAUCCCACCAGCAGCCCUCUCUAUUCCUCGGCCGCCGGUCUCUCCCCCACCACGCCCCUCACAUCCUCCAUGGAGGACGAACUCCUUAACCGCCGGCAGGAAGUAAAUGACGACGACGACGCAGAUGACGAGGAGAUGGAAAAUGAGGAAGAGAUGCUGCUGGUGGAGGACAUGGAGGUCAUGGGCGAGGACGAGUUGCUCUUCGUGGGCGUUGCGGAAGAAGUCGCUAUCCUAGAACCCGGGGAAGCGGCAGCGGAGCUCGUCGAUGACGAAAUCGGAGUAAGCGAGCACUUCCUUGCGCCUCCAUGGUUGUCGAGCAGUAAAAACGCCGCCGCUGCAGCUGGCGGCGGCUGACGCCUCUACAUCUCGACGUCGUUUCCCAACGGAGUGCCGAGGAAGAGAGUGCGUAAGGGGGCCGAAGGAGGAAACUCAAUGGCGGACGGCAUCACGUCCGUCCAUUUUUCACUUAUCUCACAUCUCAGCCGUUACUUCUCCUUUUCCUCCCACUAGUAAAAGUAGAGUACUGAAGUUAGUAAAACUGUAAAUUAUUCCCUCUCCAUCCCUGUGGUGUCUCCCUUGUUUAUGAAAAUGUUUAGAGAAAAGAGGAAUAGUCGCUCACUUACGGUCAACGCGGAUUGUCGUGUGAAGUUGAAACACAACACUGCUCUAGCUGUUGUCUUAUUGCUUUGGGAGACUAAA